GCGGAGCAACUUGUACGCGAGUGGUCGAGGACGAGCGAGCGAGCGCCUAUCCUCCUCAUUUAGCCCGUACGCGCACUGUCCGGUUUGUUGGUGCCUUGGGAAGGUUGAUGCGUGGCUGAUCGGGAAUUUCGGUGUGUUUGCCGUGAUGGCUUCGGAGCUGCUGAUGCCGUCGCCCACCCACGAGACGUUUCCGCGCGGCAGCGCCCUGCUGAUGGACGGCUACCGUCCCAGGUACAACAAGUCGCUGGAUUCGCUGGACACGGUGGAGCCGACGCCGGCCGCGCCUGCCAAGUUCUACCAGACGGGCCCCGUGGCGGCCCGCAAGAGCGAGGACAACAUCCUGGGCCUGACGUCGCCCGGCCUCGUCACCCAGUACCUGAGCGUCGAGCCCGUCAAGCAGAGGGCCAGGGUGCUCGAGCAGGCCGAGUCGGCGCCCGCCGUGCGCCUCGAGUGCGCCCCCGCCGCACAGCAGCACCACCAGGGCCCUUCCAGGCUGCUCUGCGACCGCGUCGACCCUGAGGACAGCAUCAGGGACAUGGUCUCCGAGAAUGACUUCUAUAGAUUUGUUCUGUUCAAGCGGCACUACGACAAGUACCUGCGUCUUUCGCAGAAAUACGAGGAGGCCCGCAACAUCGCGUACUACCUGGAGGAGAAAUACCACGAGAUAAAGGGAGAACGCGACGAACUGGCCAAGGCGAGGGAAGCCCUCGAGAGGAGGGUGGAGGAACGCGACGCCCAGCUGCUGGACAAGGACGAGGAGCUUUUUCUGCAACUGGAGAAAGUCGUGCGGCUCGAGGAAGAAUGCGAGAAGCUGCGUGCUGAAAAGGAACGUUUUUUGGACCUUCAACAGAAACUGCAAGCGGAGAGGGACGCUGCCCUGCGACAGGUACAGUCAUGCGAAAUCCAAGAGCCCCCCUUAGAAAGACCGCCCCUUCCUGACCCGGCGCUUUUAUGGCAGAUGAGGGCUCAGGCAGGUCAGUCUGAGUACCAACGGCGGAACCUGGAGCGGGCCCGCUUCGACGCAAUCCACCAAGCGACGGUGAUUGCUGCCGAGAAGGACUUGUUGGAAAAAGAGAAUGAUCGUCUCCGCCGAGAGCUGGAGGAGGAAAGGCAGGGCAUUGGCAAUUUCCUAGAAGACCUGUCCGAACAAAAGAACCGAGCCAAUCAAAGUGUUGCGGUUCUCGAAAAAGAGCUGUCUGAACUGCAAGUGUCGUCACAACAAACUGCCAUGCUGAAUAGUCAGUUCAAAAAAGCGAUGAAGCACUUGGCCACCUGCAAGAGGAAAAAGUGCUCGGUGUGCAGCUACACCAAGGCCACGUUCGGUGACUAUGCCGAUCGCUUCAGGCAGCAGCGCAAGAUAUUUUCGUGCAUCCAAGCACCUCUGGAGGACCUGCGGCAGUGGAUCCGGCCGUCGUCCUCGAUGGACAAGCACUCGCUGGGCAGCCAGAACGAGUCGGAGGAGGCCGGCUGCUCGCUGGACAACGAAGACCUGCUGCACUCGUCGCCGACGCGCGCCCCCGCCGUCUCGGGCCCCUCGGGCCUCUCCUACAUCGACAGCGACGAGAGCAGCGACUCGAGCGACGCCGAAGAUGAGGAGGUUAGUACGACAAGCUACGAAGAAGAAGAAGAAGAUGACGAUGAGGAGGAGCAAGAGCUGGCUGUCUCAUCUCUGCCCACCGACGUCUCACUGACCUCCAACUCGACGGCCGCGCGCGCCUUCUCCUCCGACUCGGGCUUCUCGUCCGAGCUGUGCGACUCGAAGACAGCCUGCAUGGGCGAGGCCACGCCGUCGCCCCCUCCCAAGAGCAGCCUCAACAGGUCCAAGUGGACCGCCUCGUUUCGCAAACUCAUCCACCGAGUGUCCAAGAGGUAAAAUUGCUCCACACGCACCGCCGCUCUUGUAAAUACCUAUUUUUAAACAAAUCAUUUCACCGCAAUGGACAUGAUUUACGGCUCAAAUAAUUUCCCCCUGCUGUGUUUGAGUCUUCUGGGCCUGUAUUUGUAUCAUUUUCCAUAUUUUGCCAAGCACUCGAAACUUAUGUCGGAAGGGAUGUGCAAAAUGUAUUUGUUUCUGCGUUUGGAAAGAGAUUUAAUGAACAACCAUUUUCAUGUAGCUUUCUCACGCUGUUUGAAAAUUGGUAAAAUGCGGCGGCUGUUUUGGUCCGAUUUGACUCGGACACAUUUUUGACUGUCCAGGCCCAACUCGCCUUCUUUUGUUCCCCCAGGAACCAGGACAACCCCUCCCCCACUUUUCAAUUUUCUUGGAAACCACGCCCCGAAUAUAAAUUUGAUCAUACCGCAGGUAAUAGGUUUUUGAGAGUGGAGUUUUUCUUGUGGUUUAAAUUCAUUGUUAUUAAACCAUGGAAUCCAAACAAUAUAAUCGAUUAUUUCUUGUCAAAGAAAUGUUUUUCUGCUGAAAGCAAUUACUUUUGCACAUGCCUACUUGUUUGUUCUUUGCCAAUCACACUGCAUGAAGAGCCAGGUUUUCAUUUGUACGCGUGCCUGGCUGAAAGAAAAAAGUUUUUAACUGCCCUCUAUGUGAUUCAUAAUUUUCUGGCUGCUUUGAAGACAAUUUUACGCUCUCUCUCUCUCUUUCUCUCUGAACACCCACAUAAACUCGUUGGCCUGGUUUCAGCCAGCAGGCCGCAAAGGUAAAUACUGUGUACAAAUGCAUUUAGGUGAAAUGAUGAGAGCUGCUGUUAUCUAUUUGAUGUUGAAAACGCAAACGCACCUAGUACUUAUGUAAUCUCGUUACUGUUUCGCGGUGCCAUUGAUGAUAUAUGUUUGGCGCGAGUCGUCUCUCUCUUUCUGCCUUUCCUCUGCGCUGCGGUGAGACGCUUGCACGUGCCUUGGACGAGAAAAGUGGCUUUGGAUCGAAUUUCUUGACCCCGAUUUUUCGUGUUUGAUGGCUCCAGUCCCCAGAGGCUUUGAUUGAUGCGUUGAUUUUGCUUUCAGAUGUCAACGUCGUCACGCCUUUGCAAAUUAAAAGACAUGACCGAACUUUGAUUCCUUCGUACCAGGGCUCAUUGCAGAAAAAAGUCCGCAAUAGCUCGCGCGCGCGCUUUUUGCAAAAAAGUCGCGACCCGAGUUGCGGAUCAAAACGCUUUUUUCAGUUGAUAAGCUCUACUGUUGACUAUUUUAAAACUCUGACGAUGUAAAGAAUACAAUUACGAAUACUGAUACUCACCCCUCACAUUCCUGCGAUAGUUUUCUCUGGAUUCAAAACUGUUUGGUCGGAUCUCCCUGCACCUGCUUUUAAGAAUUUAUCGAAAUUCGUAACAAACCUCUUGGAUUCUCAACAGGUUGAGAGUUUUUAAGAGCCCCAUUCUCAUUCAUUCUGAUCGCGGAGACGACGUUCUACGAGGCAACAAAUAGUUUUGAAUUCCCUAACGAAAUCAAACACUAUUAACAUUUGCAAGCUGACUGUGAAUCCAGACGGGAAACUUUGAAUUUGCACACCAAACGAAACGGGCCAUGUUUUUUUAAGAUAGGUUUUAAUAUAAUUUAAAUCCCACGCGAGCUUUGUGUCACCCUCCGAAAAGCUAAAUUUGUUUUUGAUUUUUGAGCGGCUCUUCGAGUUGUUUAGUCGGCUUCAAAAUUCUGCUGUUUGAUUAAUGUAUUUGUAAAGUUAGCUUGAGAGUGAGCAUGAUACUUAAUUACAUGUUUGUAUUAUUUCAUAGACAGAGGUGCAAUAAUGAAAGAGUUGAUCCCGUUGGACAGGGUAGACUCGCAAAAAUGUCGAAAUCCCAACGUAAUCAGAAUUUUGUAAAUUAUUGAAAUUGAAUAAAAACGUUAAAAUUGUAACCAUA